AUGGAAAAAUUUCAAGAAAAGAUAGAACCUGUGAGAAAAGAAUCCCUACAAGAAGAGCAGGUUAAUACCAUGAAAUUCAUUAAUAGCAUAGAUAAAGUGAUAGCUCAGACUGUUGUGAUUGAUAGAACUUAUACAUUUAUAGUUGAAGGGCUAAUAGAUACAGGAGCCAAUCUUAACUGUAUAAAUGAGGGAGUGGUACCUACUAGGUUUAAACCAGUCUCUUAUAUUAGGAACGCCAUUCAUUAA